GCGUGGCAGGGGGGGCUGGAGGGCGGGGCUGGCGGGGGGGGCUGUCGGCGGAGCCUGCCGGGAGGAGCAGCCUCAGUUCCGCACAGCCCUGCCCGUGCCCCGGCCCGGCCCCGGCUCCCGCCGCGCACAGCCCUGCUCGCUAUGGAGCUGGAGGAAGAGUCCGAUCUUCGGGAUCCAGAGCGCUUAGUGCAGUGCCCUUACGACAAGCACCACCAGAUCAGAGCCUGUCGCUUCCCCUACCACCUGGUGAAGUGCAGGAAGAGCCACCCCGAGGUGGCCAAGCAGUUGGCCACCUGCCCCUUCAACGCUCGCCACCUGGUCCCGCACCACCGCCUCGGCGACCACAUCAUCAAGUGCAGUGACAAAGGCUUCCUGGAGCAAGACAUAGUGAGUCAGUCCUGUGGCUCCCAGGGGAAGGCUGUCAGCACCUGGCAGGCACCUCCGUGUGAUGAAGACUGGGAAACAGAGCAGCAGGAGCAGUCUGAGUCUCUUUUUAUCUGGGGUGAGACCAACUCUGGCAUCAGCAGGGCCACCUCUGAAGACAAGAACCAGCUGCCCAGCAGAGUUCGUGCCCCCAAGUCCUCCCCAUUCCCUCAGGUGCCAUGGAAAAGCUAAAGCUCCUGGGUGCCCCCUGCAAGCCCCUGAGGCCCAGACCAGCAGAGGCUGUGCCAGCUCCUCCCAGGCCGCGGGUCCCAGCAGGUGAAGCUCAGAGCCUGCUCCUGAGAGCCUCUCUGGCCCCGGAGGCGUUGGCAGCCGCACCACGGCCAGUGGGGGUUGGGGCAGCAGGGAGGGAGGGGGAGCAGUGGAUGAAGUCACUAAACUGCUUGUCUGGGCCUGUGGGAGGGUCUGUGUCCAGCAGCAGACUCUGGGCAGGGCCGGGAGGUGCAGGAUGGGAUCCAACACACAAGGAGCCAGGCAGGGUUUGUGUCCAGAGCUGCUGCCUCCCUUCUGGAGAGUUCUGCACCUCCUGAAUGCCUCCUGUGUGGGCAUCGCCCACAGCUGGGCCAGCAGGGGCAGCCUUGGGGGGGUUACAGUUUGGUUCUGUUCAGAUUCUUGUUGGCAAUUUACAAUAAAAAGGUUCUGAAAGCUC